CCCUUUAAACGCCAAUCAGCUGCUCGGAAGUAAACAACGCUCGGUCGGGUCUCGCGUGGGGUGGCGUGCGGCUUCACUCUCAGGACAAACGCAGCCAUGGAGAAGGAUAGACAUCUGAGUCCUUUUGUUUACUGGGCACAGACUGACACUGCUGUUACUUUACGUGUUGAGUUAAGGAAUGUGCAGUCUCCUGAUGUUGACCUCCAGGAGCAGACACUGUCAUUCUCUGCUGUUGCAAAUGGAGCACAAGGUGAAAAUAAGUAUGGAUUCAACCUGAAGCUCCUCAAGCCCAUUGAUACAGAGAAAAGCAAAUACAGAAUCUUAGACAGAAACGUUGAAUUCAGCCUCAUGAAGUCCGAGAUUGAAUUCUGGCCAAGGCUUUUAGAAGAUGCAAAGAAACCUGCCUGGCUGAAAAUUGACUUUGACAAAUGGACUCAUGAAGAGGACUUAUCCGAUGAAGCCAGAGACAUCAUGGAGGAUUAUCCUGAUCUGUAUAACAGGGUCCAAGCCGAGGAAAUGGGAUGGCCGACAAAGAGAGAGAGUAUGAAGAAAGUAUAUCUUUUCCUGUACAAUUUGUGGCAGUUUAUAGGAUUCAUUUACAUUGUGGUUGUCAUGGGAACCAGAUACCUAAGAGAUGGCCCCGCAUCAAUGGAAGGAACUCACUUGAAUGUUGGCUGGAUGCUGCGGCUCUGCUUCAUAACACAGUUUCUGGAAAUCUUCCACCCAAUGGUUGGCUACACAAAGGGAUCAGUGUUUGAAGCUAUCGUCCAGGUUGGUGGAAGAGGAAUUAUCUUCUUUUGUCUGAUUGAAGGAGAAGAGAGAAUGCAGACCAAACCAGUGAUAUUUUACCUGUAUCUUGUUUGGUCACUUAUAGAGCUUGUAAGGUAUCCUUACUACAUGUUGAGGGUGUAUGACGUUGAGAUAAGCUUCCUGACUUGGCUGCGAUACACCAUCUGGAUCCCACUGUACCCUCUUGGCUUUAUUUGUGAAGGGGUUGUAGUUCUCAGGGAUAUUCCAUACUUUGAAGAGACAAAGAAGUUCUCUGUUGCGCUGCCCAACGAGUGGAACUUCAGUUUCUAUUUCCCAAACCUUCUCAGAUGUUAUCUCCUCUUCUUCCUGUUUCCUGUGAUGUAUAAGAUGAUGACCCACAUGUACCAUCAGCGUGUCAGGAAGUUGGCUCCUCCAAGCUGGAAGAAAAAGUUUGAAUAGCACAAUAUAACACAUAUGGUAAAGGUGUUGUAAUGGUAACAUUCUAUUUCAAGUCUGGAUAUGCUUUGGAUUAUAAAAAAAUAGGAAAGAAGAUGAUCCAUGUUCUAAAGAUAUAUCAGAAAUUAUAGGACCAUUUUCCUGUCUAACUCACUGGUACAUAUUACAAGAGAAAAGAUCAAAGUCGAUGUAUCGCAGUUGUAUAGGAGAGUCCCACGUACAUACAAAGUAUGUAUGUGUAUGUAUCUUGGAUUUCAUAAGAUUAUGUAUCAGUUAGUAAUGCUCUGUAUAUGGAUUCAAAUGAUGAGAUAACUUUUUUGUGUCAGUAUGAAGGGGGGAGGGGGUAGUAUCUUUUAAGUCAGAUUUCUGUAUGGAAAUAGGGUGAAUGACCUGUGCAGUUCUUAUUUUGUGACAGGUCUUCACGGAUUCUUUCUGAAACAGGAAGCGAUAACUUUUGGAAGAAUGAAUACAUUGAUAAUCAUAUCAAAGAAUAAUGGAGAGAGGAGUUAGUAGCUUGACAAGUGUGCUAUACUUUAGCAGUUUCAGUAUGUACCCAGACAUUUAGUUUACAUUUUUUUAUGUUAUAUUAACAUAUAUCCUUGUAACUGAAUUUAUAAUUCAAACUUUCUCUCUCUCUCUCUCUCUCUCUCUCUCUCUCUCUCUCUCUCUCUCUCUCUCUCUCUCUCUCUCUCUCUCUCUCUCUCUCUCUCUCUCUCUCUCUCUCUCUUGCUCUCACUCUCUCACUCUCUCACUCUCUCACUCUCUUACUCUCUUACUCUCUUACUCUCACUCCCACCCCCCCUCACUCUCCUCCUGAUCUGCUCUCCAUCACUCCCUCUCUCCCACCCCUUCUACUUCUUUAAUUUCUUGUAAUUGCACAUUUAUUUGAAGACCUAAAUGCCAUAGGUAUUGAAUGCCAUAGAUAUAUAUAUCUAUAUAAGCUAAAGAACAAUACAAAAAAAAUUGUCUGUGUGCUGUGAAUUAAUAUCAUGGGCAGAGAUAGAUACACAUGUGCAACAGUCUGGAGUUUUAUAAUUAUCAUUUGCUGUAAAAAAAUGUACAAGGUCUCUCAGAAUUAGGUGGUAUAUUUCAGUUGCAUGGUUGAUCAAAUAGUUCUAAUCAUCAAAUUUUAUAAUAGUAAAAGAUAGUUUGUAAAGUCUAUUAGCUAGAAUUUAUGUACUGCAUAUGGAAAUGGUUAUUUAUUUUGCAGAGAAAAUGUAUUUUGGUUUGGCAACUGGGAUUAUUUUCUUUAUCUGUUUCUUUAUUAGCAGAAUAUGGAUAUGUGUACAUCUGUUGUUUGUGUGUGCCUGUGUGUCAUAUAUGUAUACAUACUUAAAAUGAGCUCUUUUUGCCUUUCCCAUUUUGAUAACAUCCCAGUUGAUUGCAGUCCAUGAAAUGAUGGAAGACAGUGGUAGAAUAUAGUAUUAAAUAUUUAUUACAGCUAUUCAGCAGCUCUGUUUGUAUGGGAAUAUUGACAUUAUGAAUAUUACACUGUAGCCCACUACUGUAGCAAACAAGAAAAUUUUAGUUGUUGUAAUAUAAGAAAAUUAAUUUUUCAGAAGUGAAUUUUAAACCAUAUGUAUGUAAUUACAUGCUUCUGCGUUUUCAAACUUCAUGUAGUUUUCCUCGUAUCUUACACAUCCAUUAUUGUUAUUUGUAGUCUUAAGCAAUCUAUUGUAUUUUCUCAAGCAUAUUUUAACCACAUAUUAUGUUCUUGGGAUAUUUUUAUCAGGCCUAGAAUUUCUCUUGUAUGAUAUUCCAAAUCUUGGCUGUGACAGAGCAAAAUAAUUUGUCAAGAAUGAAGUGUUUGUGAAAUCUACAACAUAUCACCAUCAUAAUUCCAGUUUUCAGUAGGUAGAGUACAUUUUGUUGAAUCUGCAAGUCACACAUAGAUAAUGUGACUUCUUUUGAUAAUAAGUGUUAUCUGCACCUCUUUUCUUUUCACCAUAAAAAUAUGUGCAUUAUGGUCAUUUACAACUGUUUGUAUGCCAAAGUGUAAAACAUUAGCUAUCAUCCUGAACUUUGUAUGCAGUCUUGAAUAGGUCUCAAAUUCAGCACUUAUGUAAUAAGUUUAAAUGUAGACAUUAUAUGGUAAAUAUGUUAGUGCCUUUAAUAAUUUUGGGAAGAUUUAUGACUAAAAAUAAUCAGAGGUGUAUCCAUAUACCUACAUAUAUUUCCUUCUCGAAAUGAUAAAGCUUAGGUGUCUUUACUUUUAUAAUUAUUAUAAGAUUUAGUGAUUGUGAAGACUUUUUUAAUAUCAGGAAUGUGUGUAUUUUUUGUCUAAUGGCAUACUUGUAGUUUUUAAUAUCACUUCUUUCUUACUUUAAAAAAGUCCCUGUUAAUGUCAUUUUAUCAGAUAUGAAAGGAGGUCACAACAGCAGCUUAUAAGGAAUGAAAUGUACUGUUUAUAAAUUAAUGUGGGUCCUUUAUAGUUUAAAUUUGUUUAGGAGUUAAGAAUUUAAAUGAUAUCCCUCUUAUUUGAAUGAACACAUUUUCUUUUUCUUGAAUUCUUCUCACUGUAUAAAUGUAUGAAGAAGUUAGUGAAUGCAUAUUUCUGCAAUAUGUGUAUUAGGGAAGACAGAAUAUGUUAUUUGAUAAUUACAGAUAAUUACAAAGUAUAUAUUCUGUUUCUCAUAUUAUAAUGAAUUCCCUCCUGAACCACUGUUAGUACUUCUAGUCAUUUCAGGAAACAGUAUUGUGAAAUGUGUUCCAAAAAUUUGAUAAAGAAAAGCUUGUUUACUUAUCCAUUGAGGAAUAAGAAUAAAAGUUCCAAAAUA